AGCAGGAAAUAACGGAGAUGUUGCGGAAAGGCAUUUUGUACUGUUUGUAUAAAUACGCCAUAUGAAGUUGUAGGGCUGUGUGAUGGUUAGCGCAGAGACAUGGAGGCGAGUCUGACGUGCGCUGUGUGUCUCAACCUGUUCAGGGAGCCCGUAACCCUGCCGCUCUGUUCGCACAACUUCUGUAAGAGCUGCGUGUUGGAAUGCGCUGCCCCGGAGCUACGGACCGUACAUGUCUCCCCUGUGAGCGCUGCCGGUGCCUCUGCCCUACUCACGGUGCAGUGCCCGCUCUGCCGCAAGGUCAGCUAUCUGGCUGGCGGGUUAUCCUCCCUGCCCGUCAAUACCACUCUGGCGGAGGUGGUCCGGCUCAUGGGGGCCACAAAGCAAGACGAGCGGGGCCAUGAAGUGGAGGGAAGAGCAUGUAGCUCGGAGGAGUCUGGGCACAAGCGGAACCUGGCUCCCUGCCUGGAGCACCCCGAGCAGCUGCUGGAGCUUUACUGUAAGAACUGCACGGCGCCGUGCUGCGGCAAGUGUGUGUCCGACAGGCACCAGGGCCUCUUCCACAGCAUCAACCUGCUGGAAAUGGUCUAUCAGGAGGAGAAGCUAACCCUUUUUAGCAGUAUAAAGAAACUUCGAGAAGUUCAUGAGAAGCUCAUUAAAGAAGCCAGUGACGACGAAAGAGACAUUGAGGAUGCUUUUAAAACCCACCUCAGCCUCCUCAAGUCUGCAUUUGAAGAGGUUCAGAAGGCUUUGGAUCUAAAGAAGACACAGCUAUUGGAGCUAACUGCGCAACAACAGAACACCAAAUUGAAGGAGUAUAGGGUGUGGAAACAAAUGCAGACUCAUCAUAAGAAUACUAUUGAAUGCCUUCUCAAGGACUGUGAGAGCAUUGUUGAUGAAUUUGAACCCAAAAGUUUUCUUAAGGUGGCAUGCGAUUUAAAUAAAAGGAUGAAGUCUAGCCUUGACAUUAUGGGAUUUACCUCUGAUUCCAAUAAAACGAAGUUCAAGUGGGAACCAACCAAAUUAGAUUUUAAACCUGCACUGGAUGCAAUAUCUGCAUUGAAUAUUUCAGAAGGAAAGCCUAAUGAUUUCUUUACUAAAAGACAAGAAGAUUCAGAUGGAAACUUCUCAUUUAAAUCCAUAACUAGAUUGUGGAAGCAUGGAGGAAAUUCCUGCUGUGAUAAGUAUUCUCACAUUGAAGAUGAAGAGCUGAUGGUAAUUCGUGGUCAAGUGCACAAAUCUGGUGUUCGUUAUAUAUCCAUUUCUGUAAUGCCUGAAUUCCAAGCCUUGAGUUAUGAGGAACUCCGAUUAAAGUGCUAUAAUGAUUCAACAAAAAUCAGCAGUAAUAAUGAGGUAUUUUCUGCACCUGUAAAGCAAACAGUUGUGAUGUGUAGAGAUUUGGACAAGCUGCACUUGCGAACAAACAGAAUACAUAGACUGAGGGAGUUCAGGCUUAGAAGACAAGAUGGUUUCGAUGAGAGUUCAAGUUCAUUUAUUUGUGCCAAUAACGCAUGGAGACCGGACCGUGAAAAUAGGCACCAGCAGCCAGAUAAUGGAUUGCCACAUGCGAAAGAAAGUGAGGGUGCAAAAAAGGAAAAUUCUUUGCAUGGCCGCUUAGGAGGCAUUAUAUCCAAAGCAUCACACCCUUCAAACUGGAUGCUUCCUGGUAUUACACAUGGCACUGGCUCCACAGCAGAAAGAAGCAUAUCUGCUGCUAUUCCUUCUACUUCCGAAGCUAUUGAUAACCAUUCCAUAGAACGUGGUUUCGCUAUCAGAUCUGUGCCAAAUAACUUUGUCAUUGGAAAGGCAGGAGCUGCAUUGAGUCAUAGAAGUAACAAUAAGAAUAAACACCAAGCAACUUUCUGCAAAUGGUUAAAAAGUGCAAAUGUCCCCCCUAAAGCACCUGCUCCAUUUUGCUCUGAUGUCUCCUUUACAUUUACUGGCAACCCAUUUUUUGUGUCAUCUGGCAAUGCUAGCCGUGAAAAUGCUGGCUUUUCAUUAACCAUUCCAAUUGGUCACUCAAUAAAUACAGAGGUAAAUGAAGCUUCGUGCCAUUUGUCUGCAAAUUCAACAUCAUCUGAAGAAUUUUUUGAUGCAAAUUCUAACCCAGAUUCUGACAGAGAAGAUAUGAAUGAAGAGGCCAUUCCAGAUAACUCCUUUCAAGAGGAUGAAUCUGUUACUCCACAUAGGACAUGAAUAUAGCAAUUCAACUUUCUUCUAGCAUGAGUACAAAAUCAGACUUGGCUGGAACAAAAGAAGAGAAUUGUUUAAUUGAAUUGGGUUGAGAGUUUCAACUGAACAUCUGAAAUAAAAUGUGCCAAAUUGGUCUUAU